AUGCUGUCCGCAAAAGACUCUUCUCCUCUUCUCCAUCGGCGGGGGAAACAUGAGCGGCGAAACGAGCUUAUUCGUGAGAGAGAGGUGCACCAGUAUGGCCAUUCUCACCAUUCGUUCGAGCCCCAGUACUUAUCUAACAUCGUUAAUUGUUAUAGGUACCUCCCACCCCAUAAUCCCUCGUCCGAAAAGGCUUCAUCAUCAGAUAUCCUGACCAAUCUUGCUCAGCUGACUGCACUUCAACUGGGCGCCGAUUGUGCCGUUAUCUCUCUAUGUGAUCGCAAGACCCAGUAUGUCCUGGCUGAGACACCCUCGGUCGCUCGCAGCAAGCGCGAACGGCAUCGUGACCACACCGCGCCGUGUGAUCACGCUAUGGUUGCGUUUAUCGAAGAGAAUAGUGAUUGGUUCUUGGUCGCGGAUCUUGCGCAGGAUUCACGAUUUGAUGCAUAUUGGUCAACACUCCCCCGGAAUUGCUCUUAUCUUGCAGUCCCGGUUCGAACUUCAGCUGGCGUCGUCAUUGGAAUUAUCGAGUCAUAUGGGAGCGCCCAACGCGAUGAGUUAGAUGAUGAACAGUCACGGCUUCUCCAAGAUCGGGCAGGUACUGUGCUGGACCAUCUGGCGACAUUGCGAACGAUGCGCGAAGAGCAUCGUGGCGAGAGAAUGAUUAAGGCGUUAGGUGCCUUCAUGGAAGGGAAAUCGGAUAUUGACGAAUGGUUCGUCUCCAGCCUCCCUGGACGGCAACCUCCUAUCUUGGAAUCAUCUAGAUCUCUUGACCCUGCGACUUCCAUCCACUUUGCCAACAGUCAGAAGACACUAGAUAUACCCCCGUCCCAUAUCCCUCAAACCGAACUAGGCAUACCAUUACGCGGUCGUCGAAAUUCCUAUCGCUCCCGAUCGCCCCCACGCAGAGCACGGGGAGGGUCUCUAACUUCCGAAGAGACGUAUUCGGUUCUCCACAGGGCAUCGGUUUUAAUCAGGCAAGCGCUGGACGUGGAUGGCGUUGCAUUUCUGGAUAUCAGUACGUUUAAUCAGGAGCGCCAUGGUCUUUCAUCUAAAGCGUCGAGCAAUUCACGGUCCCGAUCCCCGGGUAUGGCCGAGCACGAAAGCUCGACGGGCCAUGUAUUGGGCUGUUCCACAGUUCAGGGUGACAGUCGGGAUAUAACUGUUCCGGCGUCACUUUUGGGAAACAUGGUCCACCGGUAUGGCAGGGGUGGUAUUUUCCAUCUUGAUGAAGACAAGCUUUCGCCUUUGAGCGACGGGUAUUCGUCCGAUAUCGAUGGAUCUUGCUCUUCGCUAGAAGAUAUGGCGUCGAGUUACUAUGGCAUUGACAGGCGUCAGAUCUCUCAGGCGUUCUCCGAUGCGACCAGCAUUGCAUUUUUCCCUCUUUGGGAUUUUCAACAAAACCGCUGGUUUGCGGGUUGUUUCGUCUGGACCCAAGACCCCGGGCGUCUCUUUGCUGAGUCCACAGAUCUAACGUAUCUUGCGGCGUUCAAUAACAGCGUCAUGGCAGAAGUUUCCCGUCUAGACCUGCGAGCCGCGGAUCGCGAGAAGGCUGACUUCAUCUCGUCGGUAUCACAUGAGUGGCGGUCUCCCCUACAUGGCAUACUCACUAUGCUUGACAUUCUCCAGGAAACUAAGGUGACGAAUGUCCAACGGUCUUUGAUUGACAUAACCAUGAACUGCGGGAAAACUCUCCUUGACACGGUCAAUCAUGUCCUAGAUUAUGCCAAAAUCAAUAGCCUUCUUGGACCAACGACGCACGAUCGAACGCUAGAGAAUGCCGAAAUGCCUCAAGGUUCCCAGCUUAAUGCUCCUGCUUUAAUCGAACAUGUGAAUAUGGCUACCUUGGUCGAAGAGGUGGCCGAAGCACUACUCGCUAGUCAGGACUACAUGGGCCGCAAUGCGGAGGCCCUUUUCUCUGCCACAAAACAAACGGCCGAUCGGCCUUUUCGCGAGUCAAAUAUCCCCAAUUCUGUUCCUAGGGCAAUCUUUGCGAUCGUGGAUAUCGAAUGUCGAGAAGGCUGGGAAUGCCGUGUCUCCGCUGGUGCCUGGAGGCGAAUUGUACUGAAUCUCCUUGGUAACGCCCUGAAGUUCACGCCGUCUGGAUUUGUUCAGGUAAAGCUGAGACAUGAGAUGGUGAAGGUCGGACACGAUACCCUGCCGGCUAUUCUCCUCCAAAUAAGCGAUUCGGGACGGGGAAUUUCACCCGACUUUACAUUUUCAAACCUCUACACGCCAUUCCAGCAGGAAGAUUCUCUCUCGCCAGGCAUUGGUGUUGGACUCAAUGUAGUCUAUCGCAUCGUAGAUUCCAUGCGUGGACUGAUAGACCUAAAGAGCGAACCUAACCGGGGAACGGUGGUGAGCGUCCUCCUGCCUAUAACCCCAGCCUCACGACCGUCCUCACCUUCCAUUCCUUAUGGGAACCUACGCGAGAAAUUGCAAGGGAAAACGAUAUCUCUAUUUCCCAACAGCUCCGAAUAUGGAGACCUGAAGAUAGAACCGGACAUCUUCAAUACAAUGUUGCUGAGCAUGGAGACGAUGAUCACUCAGUGGUUUGGAGUGCGUGUUCUUACGCCCAAUGAACGGGAUCAUGAACAUCCGGACAUUUUCAUCAUUACUGAGCAUGAAUACCGCUAUGGUGAGGCAAAAGAAAGCGCGGCCACUUAUUCUAGGAGGUCGAAGGCCCGGAAAAAUCCAAAAACAUCGUUUCCCAAGAUUGUCCUCUGCACGCAUGCCCAUAGUUGGUUCAAUCAACCCCGAGAUCCCUCGGAGCCAGUGGUCUUUCUUCAGCAGCCGAUUGCCCCUAAGACUUUAGCUUCUGCAUUGAUGAGCUGUAUUGAACACCGGUCUCAGUUGCGGGAUGCGGGUGACAACAGAGUGCACGAAUCAACCACAGCCACCCUUGACGAAAUGUGCCAGCGCCGAUUGCAAAUCACCACAUCUAAAUCGCCAGAAGACAAAAAACAAGACGACAAAGAGUCAGAUGGAAGAAAUUCGGUUGUUCAUGGACCAGAACCUACAAAAAAGCAAAACUCGGUAUCGUCUAAUCCAGAGGAUCCAAUUGCACCAUGUAAGGUUCUCCUUGUCGAGGACAACGAUCUGAACCUCAAGGUAUGA